AUGAGGAUGCAGGCUGCCCUCGUGGGCUGGGCUUGUACCACCCUCUGCCUGGCUUCCUGCUUGUCUGCCUUUUCCCAUGGUGCCAGCACGGUGGCCUGUGAGGAUAUGCAGCCCAAGCACAUCCAAGCCCAGCCUCAGCACCAGGACACCCACCACAUCACCAUCCACACCCACAGGUCUUCCUAUGCACCAGGUGACAAGAUUCCAGUGACGGUGAGAAGCAGUCGUGAUUUCAUGGGAUUUCUCCUUCAGGCUCGAAGAGUGUCCGAUCAUCAAAUCACUGGCACUUUCGUUCUCAUUCCUCCUCAUUCCAAACUGAUGACUUGUUUUCAAGAGGCUGAUGCAGUCACCCACUCUGACAAGUCCCUGAAGAGAAACCUGUCAUUCGUGUGGAAGGCCCCAACCCAGCCUGUGGGGGACAUUAAGUUCCUUUUAUCAGUAGUCCAGUCAUAUUUCGUUUACUGGGCAAGGAUUGAAUCAUCUGUUGUGUCUCAACAGACACAUAGCAGCGCCCAUUCUGACGACUGCAUGGAGCCCAGAUUGCUGAUGCCAACCCUUCACCAGAGGCUGGGCGAUGUUGAAGGAGCUGCUCCAGCUCCCAGGACCCCCAUCACUCUUCCACAGCAGCACACACAUGUCUUUGCUGUUGCCCUUCCUGGAGCUGCAGAGGAGGACAACCUAGAUCCUGUUCCUGCCAGUAUUUGGGUGACACAGUUUCCUGGGGAUGCAGAGACUCUGUCCCAACCAUCUUCACACACAGCCACUGAAGGCAGCAUCAACCAGCAACCCAGCGGGGAGAGCAAUCCGACCCUAGAGCCGUCCCUGGAGGUCCACAGGCUGGAGAGGCUCGUGGCCCUCAAGAGAGUCUCCUCAGAGAGCUUUGCUUCCAGCCUUAGCACCCAUCACAGAACUCAGGAUGAUCCCAGCUUUGAUUCACUGGAAACUUGCCUGUCCUCAGAUGGGGGCGAACAGGACAAGACGAAGGCCUCUAACAGGACCGUGACACAGCCUCCUCUGUCCAUUGUCCAGCUUACCUAUCCCCACUGCCUCUGGUCCUCUGAAACUUUCACAGGGAAUGGGGUCAGGGCAAGCAACCCAAUCCCUGUCCUCCAGACCGGCACUUCUGGGCUACCUGCUGCUGGUGACCAGUCAGAGGCAUCCAGGGCCUCUGCCAGCUUCUUACCUCAGUCAAAGCACAAGGAGCUCAGAGCAGGGAGGGGAGAUGGAGAGGGUGGAGUGGGAUACCCUCGGCAGACCAACCCACGGCCUGACAUUGGGCUAGAGGGAGCCCAGGCCCCUCUGGGUAUCCAGCUCAGAACUCCCCAGCUGGGAAUUCUGCUUUGCCUGUCAGCCACCCUGGGCAUGGCCCUGGCCGCUGGCCUUCGCUACCUGCACACCCAGUAUUGCCACCAGCAGACAGAAGUGUCUUCCAGUGAGCCCGCUUCGGAUGCUGUUGCCAGGAGCGACAGUGGUGAGACUGUGCACGUCAGGAAGAUUGGGGAGAACAGUUUUGUUUUGGUUCAAGCAGAGUACAACUGGAUCACUCCUUCUGUGGGUAGCAAGAAAACAGUUCUCUGAGAAGACUCUCACCCCAGACCUCUCAGUGGCCCUCCUUGGGCCCUGGAGAGUGUCCCAAACAGAGCAGAGCUAAUGAGAAUACCUGAUGAAGACAGGGACUCAUUGUGCCUCUGUCAAUGUGCAGUUAGUGGAGGAACCCGGGAGAGGACAGUUUCAUCAACAGAGGGAGUUAUUCCUGAGCUUUGUUGUCUUAACAUCUGUAAUUGAGCUUCCUUUUUUCUUUUUGCAAUUAGACGUUCUGUUUGAAGACUUAAACUCAACACAAUGAAUAUUGUAUAACCCGCUCAUUAACUAGACCCCUGUGGCCACUAAGCUUCCUCUGUUGCCUUAAGGAAGCCAUAGAAAUAGAAAUACUGUCCCUCCUUAGUGUCUCAUCUCUUCUAACUCUUUGGAGAAAAAAAGAUGUUGGGUUGUGUCUCCUGCAAGAAAAAGAACUGCAGCUCUCACUUUGCCUUCCUAAACCACCCCCAAAGAAGUUUUCUUUUCAAAAGUGAAUUCAACAACUUGCUAGAGUUCUGAUUUGGAUGACUAGGUGAAUGCAAGGGUAUUUGGUCUUCUGGGCAACUCAGCAGCCUGGCAAAUCUGCCAUGGAAAUUGAUCCAAAGUCAGGAAAGUUUUUGAGAGCUUGAUUGAACACAUCUUCAGGAAAACAUAUACAUGUAACACAAGGCCAUAAACACCAGAGUGGGGUAAGCAAGCCUUUUCAUCAGGUGUAAAUGGAUCUGAGACCUCCCAUCCAUUUACACUUGAUGGAAAGAUUCGUGUAUCCCAACAGCUAGCAGACAUACUGCCUUUUGCCAAAGGUCAGGCUGAAAAACAUUAUUAUACCAGCAUAGUUUGAAGAACAGUCUUUACUUGUCUUUUCAGGGAAUAUCAGGAAGAAAGCUUCAUGGAUGAAGGUCAUCUACCUGAUCUCAUAACCUUAUGAAGAUUGCUUUGAUUUAACAGUGGCUCCACAGAUACUAUCUGAGGUCAAAACAACAGAUCUGAAUAUAACUCUUAAAUAUGUUCACCUAACAUAGCACAUUGGAAUUAGCUGCCUUUUCAGAGUGAAACCUAUUAUAGAGUCAUCAUUUUAAUGCAGAAACAAAAAUCACUACAAAUUCGGAAAGGAUAUUUGUUUAUUGAACACCUAAUUCAUACAGGAACUGUGUUAAGAAGUUUGCAUAUAUCUUCACAUUUAACCCUCACAAAAAUUUAAUGAGGAAUAAGUUCAGUAGCUUUCCAAGGAGAAUGAGGCUUUCCUUAUACCUCAAUUUAACAAUUUUUAAAAAUUGAGUGUUCAGGAAAGAGACAGCUCCUGCCUUUUCCACACCUCCCUUUAGCUCAUUGGUCAUCAAUUCCAAGACUCUCUCCUCCUGGAUUCUGGGCUAGAUAGCUCUGUUCCCUGGCUUCAGUCAUUAGAUGCAUGGAGACCUAGGUAAUUUGUGCAUUCGCAAAUGAAAGUGUUCUAGGAAUACUGUGGAAAGAAACAAAUGUACUGUAGUCUAAUAAGGCCACAGAUAUCCCUUCUGCAUGCCUAGCCCUCUAAAAGGCGUUCUCCCCAAGAAGCAAACAAGGGACCCCAGUAGUGGAGAGCUUUCAUCUGGCCACAUCACAUCAGAGCGAGAUGCACCAUGUAUGCAACUUUUUUAGAUCUUUUCUGUCUAAGAGAGAAUUUUCCUAUGUAAACAGACUGUUUUGCUUAUCUAUUGAUGUUAACAAAUUACCUCUAGGCUUAGUAGUUGAAAAUAAAAUCACCACCAACACCA